AUGAUCAUGACCGCAUCAGCAGGGCGGCUAGCAAUAGCCAUAUCCAUCUUCAGCAGCAUCGCCUCCGCCACCCUAGUUGCUGAUACCACCUCCGCCACCGUCGCCGCCGCCGCGACCAUUACCACUCCCCUCGGGAACGUAGAGAUCGGAUUCAAUCUAGCCCACGGCCGCCCCCCCACGGUGCAUCACCCCAGCGUUGCCGACGACUGGAGAGUCGUGUGCGAGGACCGGAGGGCUCCGGAUAUAUGCAAGGACCCCACGUCGGAUUGCCCUGGUGGCCUGUACAAAACUCGCGACUCGGCGUGCCGCAGCAAGCACCAGUGCGGUUGCUCGGUGGAAAUGCCCGGGCUUCCUGGGGACAGCAGGGAGUCGUCGGACGGCCUGGCUAAUGCUGGACGACAGGAGCUGCGCCGUCGGAACAAGAAGAAUAAGAAGAAGCCGAUGCCGAUGGCCGGCCUCGUGCAGAGAGCGCCAGCAGCACUCGCGUCGAACCAGGACAUACGGACAUGGGAGAUUGUCUGUUCCAAGCCCAAGUCGCCGGGCGAAUGCUUCAAGCAGCCGUCCAAGCUGUGCGUGGGCUCGACGUACCUGGCCCUCGACCCGGCCUGCAAGGAGCACGGCUGCAGGUGCAUCUCGGGCGGCUCGAUAGCACUUGGACCCGCGCAGCUGGACGCCGUCACGCACGUAGCCGGCGCCGCGAUGCCUCGUCUCGCCAGACGGUCUGACGACUACAAGAUCGUGUGCCCCCGUGUCCCCCCAGCGCGGUUGAAAUGCACCGACACUCGGUAUUCCAAGUGCGUGGACGGCUUAUACACCCCACACAGCCGGGAAUGCACCAAGAAAUACCAGUGCGACUGUGUCGGGCAAAAUGCGCGCAGGAGCGAGCCUACUGCUACUACUUCGGCCCUGGCGAUAGAGGCCCCCGGUGGCGGCCCUUCAUCUUCGCAGAAAGCGUCCGAGAAGCACGCGACAAGGACUCGCAGCUUUUCUCCGCCGACGGCAACGCCGAUAGCGGUCACGGUAGAUGCACAGCCGACGGAGAUGUACAUGAUCGUGCCGCCGCCGCGGACGACGAUGACGACAACGCCAAAAGCGGCCACAGCCACGCAACAAGCGGCGAAGACGGGCGGGAUCAAGGCCCGCAGCCCCCUGCCCACGGAGGAGGCUUCUUCCCCGGCGCAACACGAGACGAUAUGGGUUUGGAGGCCUGUCUGCACCACCAAACCCCCGGCGAAGCUACGCUGCCGUCACCCGGAGUCCAAGUGCUUCCAAGACAAGUACCACCCGGCGAACCCGGACUGCAAGAGCAAGUACGGCUGCAAGUGCGAACAGGUGGCGUCUCCCGCGCCCUGGGCGGGCGACUCCUCGGCGGCGCUAUGA